AUGGCUAACACCAAUAAUCCAAGGAUGAGAACAUUUUCUCAUCUUGUUUUCCUGUUAAUUUCUUCAUGUUUGCUGUUUGUUGAUGCCUCAACAGAUACAAUCUUACACGGACAGUCAAUCACAGCCUCCAAUACCAUCGUAUCUGCUGGCAAUGGCUUCGAGUUGGGAUUCUUCAAUCCUGGGAACGGGAGCUCGACAAUGAAUUACUACCUGGGUAUAUGGUACAAAAGUAUUUCGGAACAAACUGUUGUUUGGGUAGCCAACCGAGACUACCCAUUCACAGAUUCCUCCGUGGCUCUUCUCAUCAGCGCUGAUGGAAACCUCGUAAUAGUGAAGGGAAAAAUUUCAUACACGUUGACUAACAUAUCAUCAAAUGGUAACACUAGUGCUACCCUUUUGGAUUCAGGAAAUCUUGUUUUGAGAGACGAGACAUCUGGUGACUUACUAUGGGAGAGUUUUGACUACCCUUCACAUUCUCUCUUGCCUGGAAUGAAGCUUGGUCGUUUUAAUAAUUGGUUCUAUUGGAAGCGCUGGUCUUUGAUAUCCUGGAAAAGCAGGGAAGACCCUAGCCCUGGAGUUUUCUCUCUGGAAAGUGAUCCUCUAGGCAUGCACCAGUUCUUCAUCAGAAAGGGAUAUCAAAAGUAUUGGACUAGUGGGGUAUGGAAUGGAAAAAGUUUCCCAAUGAUCCCUGAUAUGACAGCUCACAAUAUAAACAUCACCUUUAGUUUCAACCCGUCGGGGGGCUAUUUCACUUACUCUGUUACUGAUGCUUCUGUGACUAUUAUAAUUGUGUUGGAUGUAUCAGGGAAACUUCAGCUGCUGUUGUGGUCUGAAACUAAUCAUCAAUGGGAUUUGUUGUGGUCUCAACCGAGCCAGCAGUGCGAGGUUGAUGCCUACUGUGGGGCCUUUAGCAGUUGCAGUCAAAAGGCCCUUCGAUUUUGCCAAUGUUUGCCUGGUUUUGAACCCCUUUCUAUAGAAAAUUGGAAUGCAGGGGACAUGUCAGGAGGGUGUGCAAGGAAAGCCCCAUUGCAGUGCAGCAAUAGAAGUCAAGCCAAUUGGAAGAAAGACCAGUUUCUUCGGAUAUCUAAAGUAAGACUCCCCGUUAAUCCAGUAAUUUUGCAACAUAGAGGUGCUUCAGAUUGCAAGUCAGCUUUCUUGGGUAACUGCUCUUGCUCUGCUUAUGCUUAUGGCAGUGAUGGGUGUUCAAUAUGGAGUGAAGAUCUCUUUAAUGUGGAACAGCUGACAAAUGAUGACCCCCAUCGGAGAGAUUUCUAUCUAAAACUUGCUGAUUCUGAGUUUCUUAGUAGAGCGAGGGAGGAUUUGAUGCUAUUCGAUAUUGGUACAAGCGUUGGAACUAGUAAGAGUCUUAUUGGUGGAAAGAAGGAAGUUGAUUUACCGUUGUUCAGUUUCGCUAGUGUUUCUCUUGCUACUGAUAACUUUUCUGAUACAAAUAAGCUUGGAGAGGGUGGUUUUGGACCUGUUUACAAGUUUUCCAUAGAUCAUAAACAAGCUAAGAAGGUUCUGUAUCAGGGAAAGUUGCUAAAAGAAUAUGAGGUGGCUGUGAAAAGGCUUUCAAGAAAAUCUGGACAAGGAUUAGAGGAAUUACAGAAUGAGGCUAUGCUCAUAGUAAAACUUCAACACAGAAUCUUGUUACAAAUCAUCCAUAGAGAUUUGAAAGCUAGCAACAUUUUGUUGGACAAAGAUAUGAACCCAAAAAUUUCUGAUUUUGGGAUGGCAAGAAUUUUCAGUGGAAAUGGAUCACAAGCAACAAAUCAAAUUGAUGGCACUUAUGGCUAUAUGUCACCUGAGUAUGCUUUGGAUGGCCUAUUCUCUAUCAAAUCCGAUGUCUUCAGCUUUGGAGUCUUGUUGUUAGAGAUUUUGAAUGGCAAAAAGAAUACAGGCUUUUAUCUAACUGACUCUGUUAAUCUUCUUGGAUAUGUAUGGGACUUGUGGAAGAGUGGCAUGGGACAGAACCUGAAGGACCCAAUAUUGGGAGACAUACCUUCUACACAUAUGCUGUUGAGGUACAUAAACAUUGGACUUCUUUGUGUUCAAGAAAGUGCAGCUGAUAGGCCUACCAUGUCCAGUGUUGUGUCAAUGCUUAGCAAUGAACUUGUGCUUCUACCCUCUCCAAAACAACCUGCAUUUUCAACUAUUACAAAUGUGCCAGAUCGGAAUUCAUGCAAAGCCCAGAAAGAUGUUCACUGA